AUGUCCUGCCUCCAGCCGCCCGGUAACCACCGGACAAUACCAUCACGACCCAAACUCACUCUCCAAACCACCUCGCUGCCUCUCACCUUUGGCUCCUCCACCACCGGCCUCUCCCGCUACGCCGCGAGCGCUGGGGCAUCGCCGACAGUGCGCAAUACCUUCAAGAACGCCUACGAUGUCGUCUCGCCCUCCUCCGCGACCAGCUCGCCCUCCAAAACCACCUCCAGCCACCGAUUUCCCACCGGCAAACCCAUCUCUCCCUACGUCCAUCAACCCGCCUCCAACCCAUCAACUACCAAUACCUUCAACUACCGCAGCGCCUACCAACUCCCCAUCGGCGUGCGCAGCAUCCUCCGCAACUCGCCGCUGGAAGGAGCCUCACGACGCCGCUCAGGUUCCAUCUCAGCGGGCGCUUGUGGACCCGGCGGCGCAGGCGCACGCCGAGUCUUCUUCCCCGCGAAGAAAUCAGUGAGCUUCCGCAAUACGCUCGAAGAAGAAAUCCGCACAGAGCGAUACACAGCCCAACACCUGGAUCUGGUGCGCGAGGGCGAGGAGGCAGAGGCAGUGCACGAGGCAGACAACAACGACAGUGGGGCCGUCUCCGCAUCACACACCGCCGAAAGCCCCGACGACUAUUCCGAGGGUAGCCUCUCGCUCUCCGAGUCCAGUACCUCCGACGAAGGCAGUACCGACGAGACUUCUGCCAGCGAUACAUCGCUCUCCAAGCUGGAGCGCAAGAAACGGCGCACCAUGCGCGCGGAGCGGCAGGUUCGCGCUGUGGCGCUGCUGGAUGGCUUGGAGGCGGAUCCGUAUGCCUCGACGCCGCAGACGCCGCGGCAGGGGAGAGUUAAGCGGCGUCGGGAUUGGAGGUGGACUCUUGGCCCGAUUGAGGGGAGUCCGGAUAGUGCUACUGCAAGCACUCAUGCAGAUGUGCCGUCGUUUCAAGUGCCCUUGGAGCAUAUUGAGCAGCCUGUCUGUGUAUUGGCUGGGCCGCAGCCGGAUUCAAAAUUCCAAUAA